AUGACCGAUCCCAAACUCAACGGCAACGCUCCUCCCUCCCCCGUCUCCUCAAUCGACGAAUUCACCUCCACCCCCUUCGACUUCAUCAUCUGCGGCGGCGGCACAGCCGGCCUCGCCGUCGCCGCCCGUCUAAGCGAGAAUCCCAGCGUCAACGUGGGAAUCGUCGAAGCAGGCAAGUACAAGAUCGGCGACCCGCUCGUCGACACCCCGGCAACCUUCAUGCACAUGUUCGAGGACCCCGAGUACGACUGGUGUCUGUAUACCGCGCCGCAGCCCGGAAACAACAACAAGGUCCACCAUAUUCCCCGUGGAAAACUCCUCGGCGGCUCAAGCGGCAUCAACUACAUGAUGUACGUCCGCGGCUCGCUGCAGGACUACGACGACUGGGCGGCUCUUACCGGUGAUCAGGGCUGGUCUGCGGCGAGUAUGAAGAGGUACAUGCGGAAGCAUCAGGUCCACCUCCCCUAUUCCAACAAAAGAACACGGUCUAACAUGCGAGUCCAGACCCUCGAACCCAUAAAUGCCGCAUCGCCGCUGGCCCCCGAACACCACGGCACAACGGGCCCUAUAAGGACCAGCUUCAACGACGCCCUCCUGCCCAUAGAGCACGACUUCGUGAAAGCCUGCGGGGCCACUGCAAACCUUCCCGACAUGCCUCUCGACGCCUGGAGCGGCGACCACAUCGGCUUCUACCACACGCUCGGCGCCGUGGCACGCACAGGGCCAAACAAGGGAAAACGAAGCUACGCGGGACGCGAGUACUACGAAGCAAACCGGUCCCGACCCAACCUGAAGCUUCUCUGCGAAGCCCGGGUCAACAAAGUACUCUUGGACGGGACCAGAGCAACAGGAGUGAGCGUCACCUUCCAGGGGACUGAGUACACAAUCCGCGCAAGCCGCGAGGUGAUCGUCUGCGGCGGGACAAUCCAAUCCCCGCAGAUCCUAGAACUCUCAGGGAUCGGCGACCCAGAUGUUCUGGACGCAGCGGGCGUAAACUGUCUCAUCGAGAACCGCGGCGUCGGCGCAAACGUCCAGGAUCACAGCCUCACCGUGAUCAUCUGGUCGAUGCAGCCGGGCACCAUAACGACAGAUACUUUGGCACAAGUCCCCGACGCCGCGAGCGCCGCAGCAAAGCAGUACGUCGAGACCGGGACGGGGCCUUUAAGCUCGAUCGCAAGCACGCAGGGCUUCAUCCCGGCACGCAGCAUCCUGUCGCCCUCGGAACUCGACGACAUCGUGCAGAGUAUCCGCGCCAUCAAGCCUGUUUCUCCGUUCCACGAGAAACAGUUGGACCAGGUGGUGGCGCACCUGGAGAGCAACAUCUCCGCGAACCUGCAGCUCGUCUUCCUCCCUGGGACCGUCGAUAAAGACGGCGUCGAGCACCAGCGGGACCUGUUCAGGCCGCCGCCGCCGGGCGAGCCUGUUGGUGCGACGGCGGCGCUGUGUCUGCAGUACCCUGUGUCGAGGGGGUAUAUACACAUCCAGAAUAACGACCCCUCCACCCCACCCACAAUCCAACCAAACUACAUCACGCACGACGCAGACGUCACCGUCCUAGCUGCAUUCCUCCGCUGGGCGGAUAAAGUAUCCCACGCCUCUCCAUUGAACACCUCCAUCGCAAACCGCUCUCUCCCCGACCCCUCACUGGACCUGCAGGACCUGGAGCAAGCGAAGCAAGCUGUUCGCGAUGUUGUCGUGGGCGAGUACCACAUCUGCGGCUCUGUGGCGAUGGGCGAUGCACUGGACUCGAGGCUGCGCGUUAAAGGCGUGGAGGGACUGCGUGUCGUUGAUGCAAGCGUGUUUCCGAAUAAUGUGUCCGGGAAUAUCAUGAGUAGUGUGUAUGCUGUUGCGGAGCGGGGGGCGGAGAUUAUUAGGGAGGAUUGGGGGUUGGUUUGA